AUGCAAUUAAAACUAGCAGUAAAUUUAGCUAUCAAGAAUUUCAGCCACUAUCAUUCACUCCAAUUAAUAAGCAUUCUUGAGUUACUCGUCAACUUACACCCACUUUGUGGAUUCACUAACAACACCUCAAGCAGUCUGGCUCUUACCUUUACAAGCUUUGAUUCUGACAAUUGGAGUCAGUUGUUGGGUGGCCUUGAAUACAUUUAUUUGUUUGUUUAUGCAGCUUCAAUGAUUUUAAGUGGCUUUCUUGCAGAAAGAGUCAAUCUUAGAUACUUCUUAUCCAUCGGAAUGUUCCUUAGUGGAGUUUCCACUUUUGCAUUUGGACUAGCUUCAUACUUCGAAAUACAUCAUUACUCAUACUUCGUUUUCAUACAGGUAUUUUCUGGUAUUGUUCAAGCUUCUGGAUGGCCAGCUGUAGUUACUUUGAUGGGAAAUUGGUGGGGCAAAAGCAGGCGAGGACUUAUUAUGGGUCUUUGGAAUUCUCACACAAGUUUAGGAAAUAUCAUUGGUUCUAUCAUUGCUGGACUCUAUGUUGAAACGAAUUGGGGAGCUUCUUUUUAUCUACCUGGUUUUAUCAUGAUGAUUGGAGCAUUGGUUGUCUAUCUCACAGUUAUAGAGCAUCCUAACAUGGUCACCUAUAACUGUGUUGGUUCAGACAAAACAGGUUCUCAAAUUUCAAUGUCGCGAAACAUAUUUGAGACAAAUCUCGGCGGCGAAAGAUCUGACAAAGAUGAUUUGAAGCCUCUAAUAUCGAAUAAUGAGGCCAUUCGACCAAUUAGUUUUAUUGAAGCUAUUCUAUUACCUAAUGUUUUUACCUACUCACUUUUGUUAUUCUUUGCAAAACUUGUUUCAUAUACAUUUCUUUAUUGGUUACCAAACUAUUUAACUAUUGUUGAACAUAUAUCAGCUGAACAAGCUGCUAAAUUUUCUGUAUUAUUUGAUGUUGGUGGCAUAAUUGGUGGUGUAUUAAUAGGAUGGUUUAGUGAUAGUCAAUCAAAUGGACAAAAUCUUAACGAAGAUGAAAAAACAAUCAAAAGACGUGCAGUUGCUUGUCUUGUUAUGUUAGCUUGUGCGGCACCUUUGCUAUUAGCUUAUCGUUUUAUGACUUAUGGAAAUUCGUUAACAUCACUAUUUGUACUUACAUGUUGCGGUGCUGCAAUCAAUGGACCUUAUGCACUAGUUACAACUGCUGUAUCCGCUGACUUGGGUACUCAAUCAGCUUUACAAGGGCGAGCUCGUGCUUUAGCUACAAUUACAGCGAUUAUUGAUGGAAUGGGAUCAUUAGGAGCUGCAUUAGGUCCACUUCUAACUGGUUUACUCGUUCCAUAUGGCUGGUCUGUUGUAUUCGCUAUGCUUAUCAUCUCUGACCUGUUGGCUAUGUUAAUGUCAAUAUGGAUUGUGGUCAAUUCAAAUCGUCGUCAGCGUUAUCGAACACAUUAUCGACUACAAUCAACAAUUUCUACUUAA